AUGUUUAUGUUCUGAGUGUUUUGAUUAAUUGCUUCUGCCAUUUGAACCGGGUGGAUUUUGGCUUCUCUAUUUUAGCGAGAGUUUUGAAACUUGGUUUUCAACCGAACUGUGUAAUUCUUAGUACUCUUGUCAAGGGUCUCUGUCUUCGGGGUAAAAUUGUUGAAGCUGUGAAGUUGGUUAACAAAAUGGAGAAUAUAGACUACAAACCUAAUACAAUUACCUAUGGAACGAUUAUGAAUUGUUUGUGUAAAAUAGGCAAGACCAAUGAAGCUAUUGGGUUGUUUAGGAAGAUGCAAGAAGGAAAUCUUGAACUUAAUGUAGUGCUGUAUAACACAAUCAUUGAUAGUUUGUGUAAGGACAGUAUGGUAACUGAGGCUUUGAAUUUUUUCUCUGAAAUGACGAGUAAAGGAAUUCAGCCAGACGUUUUCACUUACAAUUCUUUAAUUCAAGGCCUAUGCAAUUUUGACCGGUGGAAGGAGACAAUCAAACUAUUGAAUGAGAUGGUGCAAAGGAAAAUCAUGCUAGAUUUGUGCACAUUCAGCAUAUUGGUGGACACGCUUGGUAAAGAGGGGAAGUUGAAAGAAGCUGAAGAAGUUUUUAAUGUGAUGAUUCAGAGAGGCGUAGAGCCUGAUACAAUCACGUACAAUUCUUUGAUUGAUGGUUAUUGUUUGCAAAAUAGAAUGGAUAAAGCUAUCAAAGUAUUUAAUAUGAUGGUUCGAAAGGGUUGUUCGCCUUCUAUUGUUAGCUAUAGCAUAUUGAUCCAUGGAUAUUGUAAAAACAAAAGAAUUGAUGAGGCAAUGAUUCUCUUCCGUGAAAUGACUAUCAAUGGCAUGAUUCCCAAUGUUGUCACUUACACCACUCUUAUUGGUGGAUUUUGCCGAGUUGGGAGACCUAAGACUGCACUAGAGCUACUCCAGAAGAUGCAAGGUUGUGGCCAACAUCCCAAUGUCCAAACUUAUGCUAUUUUGUUAGAUGGCCUAUGUAAGAAUCUACACUUUCCAGAGGCAAUGGCAUUGUUUCAAGUGAUGGAAGACAAAAAGUUAGACCUUAAUAUUGUGAUUUACAACAUCUUGAUUGAUGGUAUGUGUAAUGUUGGGAAACUUACAAUUGCAAGAGAACUCUUUAAUACUCUUCCUACCAAAGGCUUUCAAGCUAAUGUUCGGACUUAUACUAUAAUCAUCAAAGGGCUUUACAAAGAGGGACUAUUAAAUGAAGCAAGGGAGCUAUUUGAAAAAAUGGAGGAGAACGGUUGCUCACCUGACCAUGUCACAUAUAACAUAAUCAUCCAAGGCUUCUUGCAACAUAAUGAGACAUCGUGGGCAGUGCAAUAUCUCCAAAUGAUGGUUGACAAGGGUUUCUCAGCAAAUGCGACCAUUGCAACCAUUUUGAUCGACUUGUUGACUACUAAUCAGGCAGAUAAAGCAUUACAAGAUUUUUUACUAAAAUCUGUGUGAAAGAUUUCUAGUUCUUCAACUUGCAGGACAAAUUUGAUAUUCUAACCUUUACAUAGUCAAUCUUUAAGGCAGUAAAGCUGCAAGUCAUUAAGGUAAUAUUUCUCUCCAUGACAUUUGGACAACCGUAGUGUCUUAAUUACUAUUCCUCUUUUGCUAUAAGUUUUUUAAUGUUUUUUUAGUUAAUUUCUUUUGUGUUAAUUAACUGUUUAGUUUCGGUCCUUAAACAAGUGUUGUCACCAAUACAUUUUGUUGCCUAACUCUUAUUAAAUGCUUUUUGCUGGUAGGUUGAAUUCUGCUCUUCUAGGAGUGGUUUCCAGUUCAUCAUUGUAUGUUGUUCGCUUAUCUAACUAGUUGUCCUUUAACACUUUUCCUUCCCUGCAAAAUGGUACUCCAGUGGACCAGAAUUUCACUUUCUUUGAAUGCCAUGAAAGACGAAGUUGCAGUUCAUUUGAGGCUUAGAAGUCUAGAAUUUUAGUGUGAACUUUGAAUUGACUUGACAUGGCCAGUUGCUGCUUACUACUUGCCAGAAAUUUAAUUUGGCCUUAUUAAUAACAUUGACGAAUAACUCAAUUUGGAGAUAUCAUGAUUGAAGGAACACUCUUGAAGGUCUAGGAGCUUGGUGGUUAUGUGUUGUUGAUUUUGUUUGAUGCUGCUGGAUAUUGGAAGUUGGAUGUUGGUGGUUAUGUUCAGCUGGAUUUUACAAGUUAGAUGCUGCCAGUUUUUUGGAUUUUACAGUUUGAUGACACUGCUGGAUUUUACAAGUUGGAUGCUGCCGGUUUUUUGGUUGAUGAAGCUUCUAGUUUUUCGGUCGAUCCUACAUUGCUACUACUAGUUUUUAGUUUCAAAUUAUGUAUUUUUUAAUAUUCGAUUUUUAUUCUUAGUUUUGUGUUUAUUUGAAUCAGUUUGAAUUUUGGAACAACCUCAUUUGACAAUUGUCUUUGAUUUGUUGUUU